GGGCUUUGCUGCUAACUGUAGAAAAACAACUUUAUAACUUUAUUCUUUAAUUGUAUUCUGCUUCAGUCUGCGGAAUAAAUAUCCGCCGCUGUUUCUUCGGCUGUUGUUCGGCUGCUCGGCGCCGUUCGGUGAUUUCCGGAGAGCCGAACUUGUUGCUAAAGUAACUGCUAACUGGUUAGCUCGCUAGCUCCGUUAAUCGCUCAGCUAGCCGCUCAGCUAGCCGCUCAACCCGGGCUGGGAGCUCGGAGCCCGGGGAGAGGCUGCCGCUCUGCCCGCCUCUAGCUCCGCCGGGGAUGGGAACCAGAACCGGACCCGGACCGAACUCCGAGCCGGACGGAGGCUCCGACCCUGAGUCCGAGUCCGGGUCGGACGAGGACGCUGCGGGAUCAUGCGGGGACAGAAGAGGCGUGAAGCGGGAGAGGAGCGAGAGGGAAGUGGUGAGCACCGGGCUGCAGGGAGCCAGACCCGGGAAGAAGACGCGGGGCAGAGUGAAGAUCAAGAUGGAGUUCAUCGAUAAUAAGCUGCGGAGGUACACGACGUUCAGCAAGAGGAAGACCGGCAUCAUGAAGAAGGCCUACGAGCUGUCCACCCUCACAGGUACGCAGGUGCUGCUGCUGGUGGCCAGUGAGACGGGGCACGUGUACACCUUCGCUACCAGGAAGCUGCAGCCGAUGAUCACGUCAGAAACAGGAAAGGCUCUGAUCCAGACCUGCCUGAACUCCCCCGACUCGCCCCCCCGCUCCGACGCCGGCUCCGACCAGAGGAUGAGCGCCACCGGCUUCGAGGAGACCGACCUCACCUACCAGGUGUCUGAGGCCGAGGGGGGGGGCGAGGGCGGCAAGGAUUUGAUGAAACCGGGUUUCACCAGCAGCACGCAGGCCUCUUCCUCCUCUUCCUCCUCCUCUUCCUCCUGGCAGCCGUCCUCUGUGUCGUCCAAUGGGACGCUGUUGAAGACGUCAGCUGGUGUAGUACUUCCUGGAGGCUUCACCUUAAUGUCAGGUGCGUCUCUGCCCCCCGGCACUCACACCAUCCCCCUCAGCCAGCUGCAGGCCCCCGGCCCCCCCACCACCCUGCACGGCCCCCCCUCACAGCCAACCACACUGCUCCGUCUCCCGGCAACCGUGUCACUGUCAGGGGGCGGAGUCUCUCAGCAGCUGCAGACCAUCCAGGUUCAGGCCAGCAGUCAGACGUCCACCAAUCAGAGCAGCUCAGAGAUUCACAGCCCCGCCCCCACAGCCGCUCUUCCUGCUUCCUCCUCCUCCUCCUCGGUGGGUCACAUGAUGUACCCCGGCGGCCACACGGUCAUGUACGCCACGCCCACGACGUCGCUAGGCGACGGAAGCCUCGUCCUCAACACCUUCUCCUCCACAGGCCACGGCCAGUCACAUGACCCAGCUUCAGUCUCGCAGGUCUUCCUCACAUCUCUUCCUCCGGUCGGUGCUCAGAUCCCCGUUUCUGCCGUUCAGCUGCAUCCGAUGGUCAUCAGUCAGCAGAGCAGCAGCAGUAAUCUGGCAGAGCUGCAGGUCGUCAGUCUGGACGUCCACCAAGCAAAAGAUGACUGAAGGUCACAUGACCCGCACGCCACCAUGUUCACCAUCUGCUGGUCACAUGACCCGCACGCCACCAUGUUCACCAUCUGCUGGUUACGCUUCAAGAUAUAAAAAAACAAAGUGCCAAACCCGAGGAGUGGCUCAUUAAAGGCUCACGUGACCUGAUCAGAGUUAUUGAUCUGCCUCACUGACAAUCAUGCAGCCAAAGGUCUGUGGUGUGUUCAGGGACACUCAUAAGGAGACAAACCUGCACUCUGAGAAGAACUGACGAUGAUAAUGAAGGAAGAAUAUGACCUUAACCCAGCGAAGCUGUCAUUUACAGACCGACCCUGAACUGCUCAUUUACAGACUGACCCUGAACUGAGCGAAGCUGUCAUUUACAGACCGACCCUGAACUGAGCGAAGCUGUCAUUUACAGACCGACCCUGAACUGAGCGAAGCUGUCAUUUACAGACCGACCCUGAACUGCUCAUUUACAGACCGACCCUGAACUGAGCGAAGCUGUCAUUUACAGACCGACCCUGAACUGCUCAUUUACAGACCGACCCUGAACUGUUGGACUCUCUGACUGACAGCUGCAGUUUGAACUUUGACCCCUCAGCGUCAUGUUUUCAUGUACAUAUAUUUCUAUACUC